AUGCGAUCAUCAACACCAUCUUUCUGGUUCCUCUUCCUCUCUGUGCACCUCACUCUAGGUGCCUCUGUAAACUCCACAUCCAAGCGAGGGUUGAUCUAUAUCUCCACUUCCCACUCCUCGGAUGACGACUCGAUCUUCAUCCAGUCCGGGUCCCCGCUGAGCUGGUACUACAACUACUCGCCAUGGCCCACCGACACUCUCUCUGGGGAACUCGAAUUCGUGCCCAUGGUUCACGGUGCCUCCAACGCCCAGCAAGAUGUUGGGACAGUCAAAACCCACUCGAACGCAAGUCACGUCCUCUCGUUCAACGAGCCGGACAUUUCAUCUUCGGAUGGAGGAACGAACACGUCCCCACGCGACGCUGCGAAGGCGUACCUUGACUUCCUAGCGCCGUUGAGGGAGGAGCCGUAUAAUCUGAAAGUCAGCUUGCCAUCAACAUCCGGUUCCGCCUCUGGACUCACAUGGCUCUCCAAUUUCAACAAGACAUGCCACAGUCUGAACUCGACGCACGGGUGUCCCUUUGACUUUAUCGCCACACACUUCUACGGGCCGUUUUCUGGUCUCACGUCUUGGUUGGGCAAUUUGCACACCCUCUAUCCGGAGGCGAAGAUCUGGCUGACCGAGUUUGCCAUCCCGGACACGUCUGACACGGAGGCAUUGGCGAUGAUGAACGAGUCUCUACCAUAUCUUGACGGGCUGGACUACUUGGAGCGAUAUUCGUGGUUUGGAUCGUUUCGAUCCGACGACGCGAACGAAUGGACCGGUGACGGGGUGAGCAUGCUCGAUGACCACGGGAAGCUUACGAGUCUCGGGGCACAGUAUCUCGGUGGACAGGCGAAUGGGUUCAAGGAGGGCCAGGGACAAAAUAAGGAGGACAACGGAGGUGGUGCGAUGAGGGACCGGUAUAGUCUGGCCUUGAUGAUCGCGGGGGUGGGAGUGAGCAUAGUUCUAGCAUGUUGA